UUUACAGCAACAGGUGGAGUUAACAAGACAGAGGUGAGGAAGUUCAACUAUAGGACCAGGGUGUUAGAUAGAUGAGUAAAGGAGUAAAGGCAUUUUUAUUGAGGCUGUCAAUCAACUGCAAUUUUAAAUCUGAUUAUUUACUAAGUGGCUGUGGAUUAAUCAUGAUUAAUCGAGAUAAAUCGACAUUCCUAAAAUGCUGCAGGAACAAAAAGACAAAUAUCAUCAGGUCCCACAGAUACAUACUGGGCCUUAAGAUGGUAUUUAAAACACAAAGUGCUUCAAUAAAACAAAAAUUCUUUUUGACAGGGUGUACAAAUGCCCUGUGUAUUUGAUAAGUUGAUUAAGUGUGCAUGAAGCUGUGGAGGUUUUUAAACCAACCAAACUUUCAUGCCACACUGGGUUUUCAUUGGCACCGAUUAACAUUCGUACGUUCGUGUUCACGCGCAGCAUGUUGAGCAGCACAGUUUGUAUCUGUACCAGGUGGUAAAAAUAAGGUGAGUGAUGAAGUCUGUGAUCGGAUGAUGUGCUUUUCUUAUCCCUCCCUGCUAUCACCGCAGCUUAUUUUAUCUGCUCAGCUCUGUGCACAGACACGGCCCAUUACUCAGGGUACAGUCGGGAAAACAGAUCAAAUUGAAGUGUUUUUUUUGUUGUUGUUGUUGUUGUUUUUUUGCAUUUUUGUUUUAUUUUUGCAUUUUGAAUCAACACCAUGCUGAACAGUUAAUUAUCUCUCAUGAUAUGCACAAAACAGACUGCAGUUCAGGCUGAAACAGAGGCAUCAGCGAGAGCGAGAGAGAGAGAGAGAGAUGGAGGAACACUCUCCUCUCCCUCUCCUCUCCCCAUCUCUCAUCACAUACUGCGGCUCCUCCUCCCAACUUACUCCCCUCCACAUCCCUCCCUUCCGCUGUGCCUCUUUCGCUCCGGCUCCAUCCAUCCUUUGCUCUUCCUUAAUCUUUCAUCCUGGGUGACACCGAGCCUCGCCUCCUGUGAGUGUGUGUGAAAUGCCAUGUGAACAGCAUGUGUCAGUGUGUGCACAUGCGUGGCUCUGCGGCUCACGGGGAGGACUCAUGAAGUGCUCUGGACUCGGAUAUUAGAUGUGUGUUUUUUAACAGCACUCUAAAAUCUUUCCCAUUAGAGAACCUCAUUUUCUUCCACUUCUUGGGGCAGCGUCUUGAUGGAAUCUUCCCUCCUUUCCCCAGUAUCUUGGAUUUAAUGAGCAGUUUUCCUGGAAUGAAGCAGGCAAUAACUGGAUUCCUGUUGUCACAGCUCUGGUGGUUGAUUAAGUGAGGAUGCUGUGAGGGUAUGUGGAUUAACAAGAGACCCUGUUCACAUCAGACCUCCAGAGUCCAGCCUCGUGCACCGUAAGCAUCGCCAGUAGCUCUUUGGACUCAGCUGGCUCCGCAAUUACUGCCUGUAACCGAUAAGAUGGUGGCCAGGAAAGCAACUGGGCACGGCUGCUUGGUAGCUUUCUGGCAGCCCAUUCUGAUCCUGAUGCUGAGCGCUGUGCUUACUGGCUCCACCACAGGCUGUCCAUCCCGCUGCGAGUGCAAUGUUCAAGAGCACUCCGUGCUGUGCCAUCGCAGGAAGCUCAUGACAGUACCUGAGGAAAUUUCUCCAGACACGAGACUGCUGGACCUCAGCAAGAAUCGCAUUAGAACCAUCAACCCAGAUGAGUUUGUCAACUUGCUCAACCUGGAACACCUAGAGCUCAGUGAAAACAUAAUUUCUACCAUUGAACCCGGAGCAUUCAACAACCUCUAUGGCUUGCGGACCUUGGGGCUGCGUAGCAACAAGCUUAAGUUAAUCCAGAUUGGUGUCUUUACAGGCCUAAGCAACCUUACACACCUGGACAUAAGUGACAACAAAAUUGUCAUACUGUUAGACUACAUGUUCCAGGAUUUGUAUAACCUCCAGUCUUUAGAGGUAGGUGAUAAUGACCUGGUUUUCAUUUCCCACCGGGCUUUUCAUGGUCUCAAUAGCCUUGAGCACCUGAGUCUUGAGAAGUGCAACCUGUCCUCCGUGCCCACAGAUGCUUUCACCCAUCUACACAGUUUGAUCACUCUUAGGCUACACAAUCUCAAUAUUAAUGUGAUACGGGAUUACUCCUUUAAACGUCUCUAUAGGUUGAAGGUCCUGGAGAUAGCAAACUGGCCCUUUUUGGAUACAAUGACUCCAAAUUGCUUGUAUGGAUUAAAUCUCACCUCCCUGACCAUUGCAAAUGCCAACCUGACCGCAAUUCCCUAUGUUGCCCUGAGGCACCUUGUUUACUUACGCUUUCUUAAUCUUUCUUAUAAUCCCAUCCACAGCAUUGAGGGACAUAGGCUCCAUGAACUCCUGCGUUUGCAGGAGUUGCACCUGGUUGGAGGCAGACUGGCCAUAAUCGAGCCUUACGCCUUCCAUGGCAUAAAUUUCCUGAAGAUUUUAAAUGUGUCUGGAAACUUACUAAGCACCUUGGAGGAGUCUGUUUUUCAUUCACUUGGUAACCUGGAGACGCUCUCCUUGUACGAUAAUCCCCUAGCCUGUGACUGCCGACUGUUGUGGGUUUUCAAAAGACGCUGGCGACUAAACUUCAACAAGCAGCAGCAGCCCACUUGCGCCUCCCCAGAGUUUGUCCACGGCAAAGACUUUAAAGGGUUUCCUGAGGUUCUGCAGCCUAACUACUUUACUUGCCGCAAGUCCAGGAUUAGGGAUCGCAAACCCCAGCAGAAAUUUAUUGACGAGGGAUCUAUCGUUCAUUUCGCUUGCCAGGCGGAUGGAGAUCCUGCCCCGGUGAUUAUGUGGUUGUCCCCACAGAAAAAGUAUAUCACCACCAAGACAAUUGGAAGGCUUUCUGUGUUGCCAGAUGGUACCCUUGAGGUUCGCUAUGCCCAAAUUCAAGACAAUGGUACAUAUGUUUGUAUAGCUAGCAACGCAGGUGGAAACGACACAACACUGGCUCACUUGCACAUUCAUAGCUACUCACCAGAUUGGCCACACCAGCCUAAUAAAACUUUUGCAUUCAUCUCCAACCAGCCUACUGACACGGGUGCAAAUGACACAAGAGCCAAUGCCCCUUUCCCGUUUGACAUAAAGACGUUGAUUAUCGCAACCACAAUGGGCUUCAUCUCCUUUCUCGGUGUCGUCCUCUUCUGCCUGGUAUUGCUCUUUCUGUGGAGUAGAGGAAAAGGUAACACAAAGCACAACAUUGAGAUUGAGUAUGUGCCACGGAAAUCGGACGCUGGCAUGAGCAGCGGCACAGUGGAAGCUCCACGCAAGUUUAACAUGAAAAUGAUUUAAUGGAACCUUGGGAUUUACUAAUGUGAACUCACAAAAAAAAAAAAAAAAGACAAGUAAAAAAUAGGACAUUGUCUGUUUUCCUACAAACCUGUGGAUCCUGGUCUGUUGAAAUAGAGUAUUUUUUCUGCCUGAAGGACUAGAGGAGGGCAGUUCCUGACUUUACCAUGUGAGAGGGAAUGAAAGAUCACCCAGUGAACAUCCAGGGAUUCUACCAGGCUGGUGGGGGCAUUGAUUACAAAAUUGAAUUAAUCAUUGGCAGUUUAUUAUCCAUAUUUAACACAAAACAAUGUGAGGGAUAAAUAUUGUGUUUAUUAUUGUUUUAUCUGUAUUGUUUUAUAAGUUUCUCCUCACAGCCAGGUGCUAAAUAAGACGUAAGCCUUGGUCUAUAUUUUCCAAAUGUUGCCGUUUUAACACUCAUCGGAGAUUGACUCCCGGAUUAGUUAAGGUGCAAUGAAAACACGUUUGUGUUCACAUUGACUUUUAAUACGGGAUUCGCUUCAGACUUGAUAUCUGUAUUUGUUCGGCAUCAGACAGCUAAUGCCCAACACACUGUUAAAAUUGCAGCAAAUAAGGGAAAUAAAGAACUGUAGUGUUGUUAUGAAGGUACGGACGUCAAACCUAUGAGAAACCGUUGGCUUCAAAACCAUUCAGUGACACAACAAAUUAAUCAGAAUCAAUUAAUUAUUCAAAUAAGCAAACUUUGACAUUCAGUGUUUAGCAUCAGUAAAUCACUGACUUUGGUGUGUCCAAAGAGAAAACUAAAAGAAAUUCUCGCCAUUUUGAUCAAACAGCUUAAACUGUAGACAUGGCUGCAUUAGAUUUGGCAGCAGUGUAGAUGUAUAGACAAAUAAGAAAACAUAUGAAAUAAUGACUGUGUAUCAUUCAUUAUUAAGACCUUUCUAAUGUGUCACCACAAAAAAUAAAUAAAGGGAACGUGACAUUUUUCUGUCAUUAGAAUGCAUAUGCAAACUGUUUGCUGAUGAUGAACCACUUUCUUUUUAGCAAAGAUGUUAGUUAAGGUAUAACAGCAAUGCUUUUGGUCUCUUAGAUUGUUGGCAUUAAAGAAACAUUUUAAAACAUCAGUUUUAAAUACAGAACUCUUAUUCACAUGACCAGAUUAACAGUCAUUACAGGCAUAUGGAUAGAGGAUAUACUGUAAUAAGGAUUGAGAAAGUAUAGAUUUUGGGCUGUAUUCUUCAGCCAACAAGGGGCACUAAUGACAUUAAAAUGGUCACACUGGCUAUGGUUAUUUCAUAUUUGGACAAA